AUGGCGUCGUCAGUUAAAGAGUCAACGACUACUACCCAUUAUAAUGACUGGCCAAACACGCAGGGUUUUGAUGUCCGCUACCAAGAGCUCGAGCCGACAGAGUUAUCAGUCCAGGGCACAAUUCCGCCCUACUGCGCCGGCGUGCUGUUCCGCAACGGUUUAGGCCCUCGCGAUAUUCAGACAGAGAAACAAACCACCUAUCGUGUGAGCCACUGGUUCGACUAUUUUGCCCAGGUUCAUCGUUUCCAGAUACAUACUCCUACACCAGAGCAGCCUCGAGUCCGCGUCACACACAACUCCCGACUGACCUGCGAUGGCCUCAUCCGAAGGAUACAGCGAACAGGAUACCGUGGAGAGAUCACCUUUGGAGCUAAAUAUGACCCAUGCAUGACGCUCUUCCAGAAGGCGCAAUCGGUCUUUAAGACCAUUCCACAAGGUGUUCCCGACGAGGUCGACAUCAGCGUCUCUUUGAAUGUUAACUUUCCCGGCUUGUCGGCGACGGGCAGCAAGCAGGAGAAGAUGCCCGAGCCAGGCAUCCAGACACUCUGCAACCGCACAGAUAACUCUACUUUCCAGAUGCUCGAUCCUCAGACUCUGGAGCCAAUUGGUAUUGCGGACCAAACAGUCUUGCAUCCAUCGCUCCGUGGACCCCUUAGCGCGGCCCAUUGCAAGACAGACCUGACCACCGGUGAUGUCUACAACUACAACCUAGACAUUGGUCUGACAAGCACCUAUCGUAUCUUCCAUGUUUCUCGAGCAACAGGAAAAACCAGCAUUCUUGCAACAUUCACGCAUGCUGCUACAUACGUGCACUCUCUUCUUCUGACGGAGCACUACGUUGUGCUCUGUCUUUGGAACGCUCGCUUUCGAGCUGGGGGCAUGUCCUUGCUAUGGACGCAUAACUUUGUAGAUGCAUUGGCCGACUACGACCCCACACAGCGCAGCACCUGGUUCGUCGUGGAUCGUACUCCUGGAGGGCGGGGAUUAAUCGCGCGUUACGAGUCCGAUCCCUUCUUCAGUUUCCACACAAUUAAUGCGUAUGAAGAGCAUUCAUCGACCAAUCCCUCCAAGACAGAUAUCAUCGCCGAUGUUUGUGCAUACGACAGCCUAGACGUAUUAAAACGCUUCUAUAUCGACAAUAUACUGUCUGACUCAGCCACAGCCCGCCAUUUUGGCGAGUCAAGGAACCACAGUGCUCGCGGAGCUUUCCGGCGCUUUCGCCUGCCUGCCGUUCCCGAAGCAUCGAGUCCCAAGACCCUCACGGCGGAACUGGUUUUCUCGAUGGGGAAGGGACUAGGACCGGAACUACCCCAUGUUAGCCCUCGAGUACGUGGCCGAAAGUAUCGCUACGUAUACGGCGUGACCGACUCAGGAAAGAGUGUGUUCCUGGACGGCCUGGUCAAGCAUGACGUCGUCACGCAGACAUCUCUUUAUUGGAGUCAGCAUGGGCAGACGGCAAGUGAGCCGAUUUUUGUGACAGAUCCGGAUUCAGAGGACGAGGAUGGUGGUGUACUUCUUUCCGUCGUGCUGGACGGUAUUGAAGGACGUAGUUAUCUGUUGGUUCUUGAUGCAAAGACCAUGACAGAGGUCGGGAGGGCUACAGUUCAUGGUGUGGUUGGCUUUGGGUUCCAUGGUGCACAUGUUAGGGAUGCCUAG